AUGGAUAUCACCAGUGUCGACUUUGUAGCAGAUGCUCACGAGUCGGCAGUUCUUCGUUUGGUAGAUAUGCUCCGCCAUCCAGAUGACUUGACCAACAAACUCUCCCUUGCACGUAAAAAAGUAGCCAUGGAGCGAGCAUCUGUUGAGGCCCAGUUGAAAACUGUCAUGGAAGGCCAGCUUGAUGGUACACAAAAGGGCAUUGACGCUCUGCAAACUUGUCGGGUCGAGACGGCUGCCAUGAAAGAGUCUUUGGCUAGAAUGGAUGCUUUAUGCGGUGGACCCACAAAUAACAUCAAGAAUUAUUCACACAUUAAACGGAUAUCGCGAACCCAUCAAAACUUUGUCACGACAAAAGCCAUGAUUGAGCAGUUUCAAAAAAUCAAUAACCAGCUUGCUCGUAUUCAAAAGCUGUUGGAUGAAGAUUCGGUCAAAACAAUUGGCACUGCAGAAAGUCUUUUGUUUGUGCACUACCAUCUCCAGCAGUUGUCAACAUUCCGCGACGUUACUCUCGUUAAAGCCCGGGGGUGUUCAUCCGACGUGAUCAAUACUCUUAAUGCCAUGUUUAAAAAAAUUGAUCAGAUUGAGUACAAGUUUGAUUUGUAUGUGUGGAAUUUGGCAAAGGUGACCAUUGAACUGGUGAAAUCUGGCCAUGUGUCAGCUGUGGUGCGACUAGUCAAAAUCAUCGAGGCUGAAGAACGUGCAGAUGAAUGUGUAGUGAUUGUUGGAGAUGAUGGUUUAGAUCAUUUACAUGAAAGUCGAUCAAAGACGAUCAAAGGAUACCGUAUCAGGUAUUUCGAUGUAUUGCGCGAAAGUAUCCAAGAGGAAAUGGCAAUCCUGUACCAAGCAAAUCAAAUGAAUACUGCAGAACUCCUCAAGGCAGCCGAAAGUGUGGUGGAUACAUUGAUUAUUGUCCAUGAUGAUGUCGUUCCACUUUUUCCCAAGCGAUACAACAUUUUCCACUUUUUUGUUCUCGAGUACCAUCGCAAUAUAUACGAGAUGGUUAAAAAGAUAAGCGAGGGAAACAUGGAUCCAUCUACCAUUCUUAUGCUAAUCAAAUGGGUGCGCGAUUACUACAACAGCAUGAGUGCACGAUUGGAUGUCAGUGAGGAUUUACUGGAACCCAAAUUGCUCGAUGGACGAGAAGAAGAACUCAUGAGCAGUUAUAUCACACUAGUGCGCUCUAAACUGUCUGAAUGGCUUUCAAAUAUUCUUCAUUCAGAAACCAUUGAUUUUCUUGAACGUCGUAACCCACCAGAAAUGGAUGGAACUGGACAGUAUCUACUUACAGGAAGUGUUAUUAUUUUCCAAAUGUUUAACCAGCAAUUGGAUGUGGUUGCUACAUCAUCAAAAGGACAACUUUUGCAUGAUGUCGUUAUGGAGUGCUGCAAUACUCUGGACGAGUUUCAAACCGCAUGGCUCAAGAUUUUUGAUCAAGAGUAUGCAAAGUUUGUUGCCAAAUCCAACGAUCUUGCCGAAGGAUUAGUCGAAUAUGUUAUGGCGUUAGCAAACGAUUCGCUUCGCAGCAACGAGUUUUCCGAAACAAUCAGUCUAAGACUUGAAGGUAUGGCCGAUGAAACUGUCCGUCAAGCCAUUACAACCCGGAUCCGGACUACCAUGGAUGGGUUUAUGAAAAUCACGAAAAAAUGCCAAUUGGUUCUUGUCGACAUCAUCAUGAGUGAUAUUCUCCCUGCGCUCAAUUUUCUUCACUGCCCACAAUGGUACGAGCAAGAUAUUAUGAGACUGAUUGUUGGCACAUUUGAUGACUAUGGGGACGAUUUUCAGCGACAUCUUUCGGAUUACGUGUAUGGCAAAGUUGGAACUGAACUUCUCGACAGGUUUCUCUUGUCUUAUGUCGAGUCCUUUAAAAACAAAAAUGCCAAAUUCAAGAUGCCACAUGCACCCGAUCGUAUGCGUUCUGAUUUAGAACUUGUCACGGCGUAUUUCGUAAAAACCAAAAAUGCCAAACGAGCCAAAGCUAGUUUUGAAGUCAUUGAAAAGAUUAUUGCAUUGAUUGAUUCAAAUCCACGUAUGGUGUUUUUGGAUUUUUAUGCAUUGUGGAAAGCGUAUCCUGAUGUUCCCUUGGAAUAUAUUGAAAAGUUAUUAACAAAACGAGACGAUCUGGAAAAGAAUGUGUUGAGAGAGAUUAUGGAAAGCUGUCGAACUAAAGCGAACGAGGAAAGAGCAGCAGGAGAAUGCGUCAAGACAACAUUAUUUUCCAAGAUUUCCAUGAAAUAA